CUAUUUUUAGGGGUACAGUUAUUUUAAGGGCAAAGUUGUUAGGUCAUUUGGCAUAGUGUACUACUUUUUAUUAGUUUUUAAAAUCAAAAUACUGGACUAGGGGAUUGUAAAUGAGAAUAUUUAAUCUGGGUUUAACAGACACCAACAUGUUUCUUGAACUAUCUCUAAUCUGCUUGGCUGGCGUUGAAAAAUAUAAAAUGUGCACGCUGACUUACUAAGGUAGCAUGAGUUACCAUACUUGUGUUCUCUUGCAUUUUGGCGUCUUACAUUUGGUGGUUAACUUGCCUGCAUCUCAGCUAAACACUAGUUCUUAUGUUGUUAUGAGUUAAUAGACAGCCCCAGUGUUCCACAAAACAUGCAGUUUCUUGACAGUGUGAAGUUUCUGUAGGAUUGGGAAGGGCAGGCUUCUUAUUAGCAAAACAGCUCUCACAACAGUCCUUUGUGAUGAAAAGAGUUUGCAUGGAGAAUUGAUGGGUUUACCUUAAUGAUAGGAGUUUUUUUAUUAGGAAUGGAGGCUGUAUGGUAGAUUGUGUAUUUGGCAUCCAAUUAGAAGAUUGGUAAAGUAGAAUGAAUGAAAGUAUCUUCUUGGAUGAUGUUUCUUGUUUUUGGUAAGUCUUAGUCUGGGAGUCUUAAUAUUAAGGGUGGAUUGCUUUGUCAUCUUUUUAAUUUUGAAAUCUGAGUAUUUCCAUGUAGGGUAAUACGCAUUUAGUUGGUGAUGAGAACUGGGUAUGUGUCCAGUGAUCUGGGAAUUAUAUUCCUUUAGUUCAGAUGGCUGUGAUUACUGGUUUUCCAAAGUUGGUCUGAGUCAGUUUGUGUUGCUGGUUCAACAUGCACUUCCAAGUUCAAUUAAAUACAACCCCCUGCUGUGUAUUGGGCCCUCAGUUUCGUUAAAAGACACAAGAAGACAGUAGUGCUGCCUACUUACCUUAUCUUUUUGAGAUUAUUUUAUUCUAACUUCUUGACAUGGAGUGCUUUUGUUUUGAGUUUUAAGAGGUUAUAUGGGUGAAAGUCUGUCUACUUAAUCCUAGUUGACAGAUUUAAAUACUCAGUAGACCCUCAUAGCUUUGAUACUUUGUCUCAACUGAUUUUAAUUUCUUUUAAGGUAUGUAUAUUUUGAUUAUUUGCAUAAAUUAUAUUUCCCCCUUAGACAAAAUACUUUUACCUUGACAAACAUUAGCUAGUUUAGAGGCCUCUUGUUUUAAUCAGUCAUCGAUUAACGAUUUUAAACAUGAAAACAAAGUAAAUAUGCUGAAGAUUAGUUUUAAUCAUAGAUCAUUACUCUGUCAGCAAAAUAGUAUGAUUUGGGAGCCAUUCAGUAGGUCAUAACUAGGUCAUGAAUUAUUUAAAAACUCAGUAUGUUUCUUAGUAUUCCCUGAAACAUGGAUCUGCUACCUUACUAUUAUAUGUUAGCUCUAGUUUAUUUAUAAAUGAAACAAAACACAUAAUUGGUAUAUAUUUUUUCAAUAUUAUGUUUUAUGUGAAAUUGGCAAUUUAUUUUUAAUUACGACUUGAAAUUGUAUUUGAAACCAGCAAGCGCUUAAUUAAAAUCUGUGGUCUUUAGGGUCUUCUGAAGCUGGAGUCACAGUAUUGGAAGCUCAGUUGGUAGACUGUUCAGAUCCUUGCACAGGACUUCACCUUUCAUGUAUUUAUCUCUGGUUAUUGACAGGUUCCCCUUUACGCAUAGUUCAGAUACAUUAUAAAACACCUAAUAAAGAAUUUUUGUAGAGGAUGAGAUUAAAAGGAAAUACGGAGCUGUUCUGUACUUUCUUCUAGGACCCUGGCCCAAAGAGCUCCUUGGAGACUGCUGAUUUAGGUCACAGUGUUGCAAAAGUCCCUGUCCAGAGAGGAGACUUCGGUCCAAUCUCUGACUGGCGAAACAUAAAACUGGGGGCUCUGAGACAUGUGGAUUGUUUUGUGCAAGCUACCACUGCUGCUGAAAACGCCAGUGAACAACGUGUGUUCCCAAGGGUGGCUGGAGGCAGGAUGGGUGGCUCAGCCGGCAGGGGCCAAGGCUCAUACCCUUUUCCCUCAUGACCCGUUGUUCUCUCAGUAAUUUGUCAGCUCAACGCUGACAAAAACUCUUAUGAGAGAACUGAAUUUAAAGGUUGGCCCAUAUUUCAUUUCAAUGUAGAGGACAUUGGCUUUCUUUCUUGUUUAUUUUUGGCUUUAGGAAAAAUAGGGGACUCUGGGAGUGACAGCUGAAGACUUAGGAGUCCUUAAUUCUGCAGAGUGUUACGUGGUGAUGGUAACCUGUCUUUUUUUUUUUGAACUGGCUUGGAUAACAGGAAUAAAACAAUCUGUACUUCUAUUAAAGCACUUCCUUCUUUGAUCUAGCUGGGUAUUGGCAUUUUCCCACAUUCUUCAGCCUGCCAUCCUGCUAAACCUGAAGGAAGCGUCCUUCCGUGGACUUGUCUCUCUCUGGGGCUUUUGGUCCUAUUUACAGCAGAGUCAUGCUUAGUCAGAGUUGCCCAUGAAGUCUCUUGAAUUGCUCAUGGAGUUAAGUUUAGUCAUACUGCCAUUAGGGAGGGCCCGUAUCCUGCUGGGGUUGGAAUAGAUUGCUGUGUUUUGGUGGAGGACCACAUGAAGUAGUCGGCUUGUAUUUGGAAGCAGUGUUGUACCAAAACUGGUUUAGAUCCCCCUUUCCUGGGACAAGGUGCUGUCACUGGGAGAGGCGUGAGUGAGGGAGGGCGGUGGACAGCACACCUGAUUGCUGUUUUCCGUGUCACUCUGUGCAGCAUAUGUUCGCGGAGCAGCCUGGUGGCUGGAGUUGCCUGUCUGAGGUGUCUCUGUCUUCUAUGCUCGCUCUCUGCUGGGUGUGUACAGUUCAUCUCCUGAGUAUAAUGUGACUCCUCCAUGCUUUUGAGAAAUUCCUUUGUUGAGACCUGUGUUGUAAUAUUUGUGAUGAUUUGAGAAAACCUAGCUUUUGUACUGUGUCUUUGUUGAGAGAGAGUGAGAUUGUGCCCAUUCACAUGUUGCCAUUUAUCGAGUCCCUGUUUUUGCUGGUGGCUGGGCACUGUGUAUAAUUAUUUCUGAGCCUUAUAAUAAUGUCACAAGAUAUGCCAUAUUUCCUUUUACUGAUGAGGGUAUAGUGGUAAAAAGUGGUUAACUCAUUUGGUCAAGAUAGCAUACUUGUUAGGGCCUGUCUCUCUCUGAGCUUAAUUUCUUGUACGUUGCUUACUAAUUCUUAGGAACAUUCAUUCUGUUGUAAUGUUGUCUUGGCUUUUAAUCAAAGACCCCAUAACUCUUAACCACAUUAGUGUACUUGGCAAAUCCAUUCUGUCAUUUAAUUUUGGAUUAAAAAGGGUUAACACAGGAUUAGUGUUGUGGGUUCAUAUGCAAACAUUUGGUGAAGCUGAAAGUCACCAAAAAGGAAGACUACCAGAAGAUAAGGAGGUCUUAGGGCCCAGCUAAGCUCCUGGAACCUUUCUUAACACAUUGGAAUAGGUAAAAUCUCCUGCCCUUCCUGAAUGUUAUUUGCAGUUGCAAAAUAAAUGUUGUGUCUAGAAACCGAUCAGUGUGGAUUAUGCUUUCUCAGCCACACACAGCCUUUGCCCAUGUUCUUACAGGCAGUAAAGGAGGGGUGACGGUGAUGAUGGGGCACUAAUUAUGGCUGCCAGCAUUGACUGAACAUUACUGUGUGUGUGGCACUGGUGGGUCCUUGAUGCGAAUAAUCACAUUUUUUCCUGGAAUUCAUCCUAUGAGGCAGAUUAUGUGAUUACCUUGUAUCGAUGAGGAAAUCUGAGCCAUAAAGAUGUUAAAUAAUGUGCCCCAGAGUGGUGGACUUGAGAGUCUAACCUUGCAGCCUGAUUUCAGAGCCCAUCCUCUCUCCAGUUCUGUCCCAAAGAAUAAUUUCAAACAGACUUUCUCAAGAUCUCGCAGCUGUUUAGUGAUUUCUAACCCUUUUGUUUUAUAGAAUUGUUUGGCUUCUUUAUUUAUUUACAUCUUCAAGUAUUAAACAUAUUUUUGCAUGAAGUUUUUUUUAAAAGUAGCACUCAUUUCGGGGCACUGGGGUGGCUCAGUUGGUUAAGCAUCUGACUCUUGAUCUCAGCUCAGGUCUUGAUGUCAAGCGUCUGACUCUUGAUCUCAGCUCAGGUCUUGAUCUCAGCUCAAGUCUUGAUGUCAAGCCCCUGCGUUGGGCCCCAUGCUGGGUGUGGAGCCUACUUACAAAAAAAAAGUAGCACUCAUUUCUUAGGGAAAUAGUUUUGAUUCUUAAUGAAUGUUAAUAUGUAGGCUCUGGAUAAUGAAAAAAUAUUAAAAGUAGACAUUUUGAAGCUGUGUGUAACUUGAGGGUUAGGCUUGAUCUUUUAUAUCCAGGGCAGGAGAGAAAGAAUGUAUUAAACAGAGCAAAAUUGUUGAAGAACCAGCUCUUAUUCCAUAAUCAGUUUGGCAUUCACGUCUUCAUUAGGUGAACUGUUAUAAGGUUUCUGCAUUUUAAGUUAAUAUUUUUAAGGCCCAGAGCCAGAGAUCAUUAUGCUAAUGCAACUUUCUGAUUGCACAAAUGACUAUUUAUAAUUACACAUAUUAGUGCUCCAUGUAUGUUGUCCAGACUGAAAUUCUUUUGUUUAGUCAUUAAUUAGCUGUUUGACUUAAACUACGACUACUGCAUUCCCCCAGUCGCUGGAUCUGGAUUUCAGAUGGCAUUCUUCCAAAGCCGAGCUAAUGCACACCAACAGACCUUUUUAAUGAAAAUGUUCUGCUUAAAUGUUCAAAUCACUUUUGUGUGCUACUGUUUUUGAACUAUUAAUGCUCUUUUUUUUUUGUUUUUCCUCUAAUACAAAGUUUCUCUAGAGGAAGUAAACAAAAUGGAAUUCUAGUUUGUACUGAUCUUAAAGAAAGUUGCAUCAAAGGUUUUCAGUUGGUGAUAGCUUCAGAGAUUUUCGUAUUAAAUGCCUCCUUUUUAAUGGUAAACAUGUCUGUGUAGAGAGGAUAUAACUCUCCACUGGUAUAGUCUUAAGUCAUGCCGAAGAACCUGAAGAAAAAAACCCCUAAGUGUAAUGCUUUUUAUAGGGAAAGAAUUGCUUUUUUAAAGCCCGAAUACUUUUUUUUCCUUCAAUUUUUUAUAUUCAAGUAAGAAAAAUGGACAAAUGAACUUUAAGACUAUGAGAUUUAUUAAAUUAUGUUUCAUUUCAGUUGUUUUAAUAAGAAGCCACCUUUUCAAAUUUCUUUAGUCAUUUUUUUUUUGUGUAGCCAUAUAUUCUUGAGUGUUUUUUGUGUUUUUAAUUUUUCUCUUGGAAUACCUUAUAGAGUCAUAGUUUUAAGGGCUGUAAUUUUUCAAUGAUUGGUUUUUCUAGUGUAUUUAUAUGUUAUCUUUUUGAAAGACAGACCCACAUUUUGGGGGGAUCAUAUAGCACUCUUCAGACUUCCACCAUGCAAGCUAAACUGAAAAGUAUUAGCGUUAUGAAGGUGAGUGAGGUAUUUGGCCUUGAUGACUCAGAACGUUAGUUAACCCUGAGGUUGGUCUUUGUUUUGUGUAGCUUUUGGCAGUUGUUAACGGUUUGAGUGGUCCCAAGUUAUUCUCAGAGUCCAGGCAGGGCUCUCCUGGUUCAAUUGCAAAUAGGAAAGUACAGAUAUGAACAGCACCACAGAGAGCCAAGUUUUAAGAGGGAUGCCAUUUGAUUUUUAAAUACAAUAUAUUGUACCAAAUUUCAAAUUAAAUGUGGUAAUUUUGUAGCAAUUGGGCUAACUAUAAUUCCUGUUUCACUUAGUAGUAUGAGGUCAGGUAAAUGGACACCGACAUCCAAAUGAGCAUGCACCUGUUUAUCAGACAACCUGUAUCAGUUUAGCAUUGGUGGUAGUAGAGGGAGAUUGGAUGUGUUGAAAUGCUGGGGGCAGAUGUCCUUCUACAUCUCUGGGGGAAGGCAGGUGAGGAGAGGUCGAGACAAGUGGGUUUAGCUCUGAGGAACGGGAGGAGAAGCAGAUCUUAACCUGCAGAGAGUAGAGUAAUGGUCAUAACAUUUGAGUAAGAUCUUAAAGAAAAAUUUUUUUGAAGAAAGAAAAUUCUUGUGGUUCUGCCUCAGUUUUGACCCCAGUGGUUUUUAUUAUAUAUUACUUCAGAAUGUAUCACUUAGAAGAAUACUUGGCCCAUAGUCAGUGUUCCAUAAAUAUUUGUUGAAUGAAUGAAAUGUGUAAAAAUACAAAAACUCAGUAUGAAUGUCUGAGCUCUUGGAGUUCUUAUGCAGAUAUAAAACUCAAAUGUAAAUAUAUUACAUAAAAAAGAUCAGAAAACUAAUAAGAUUUAUAUUAACAACAUUAGUUAAAUGAGAUGGAUGAAGUUUUGCCAAAACCAAAUUGCUCUUGCAACACGAAUGUAAUAGUGACUGUUCUCAGGCAGGGUGUUUUGAAUUUGGCCCAUGACACACUAUCAUGUGCCCUGCAGUGAUCCCACCCCCUCCCCAUUGAACUAUUUAGAAACUGAUUUUGGCUCAGCAGGCAUUUCUAGAAGUCUGUUGUUAGGCCUUGGUACAAAUACAUCAUUUAGUCUGAAGUUCACUUCUGGAUUUUCUCAUUAGUCCGAGAACAACUUAAACGGGUCCCCAGGUUAUAAAUUAAGAUGUGAAGUGAAAACUUUCCUAGUGAACUCAAGGACCACUGAUCUCUUGGAAGGGAUACACAGCUGGCAAUCAGGAACUGGUUCUGUCUAGUCUUGGCUCUGCCACCAGUCAGCUGAGUGCGAGAGAUCAUGAUGCAGCCGUCCUUUUGGAUUUCUUUUUAAUAAUGUGUGACCCUUCACCUUUGAUCCCCUGACCUGCAUUACCUUGUCUUCACCAGGAACAGAUUCCAUCUCAAGAUGCUCGUCCAUAAGAAACAACUCCUCAUCUCGUCAAGUUUUAUCCUGAAAUUGCAGCGAUUCGGUCCCAUCUUCAGGAAAUUGCAGCUUAUUUAAUAACAUUUGAGAAACACGAAGAAUGGCUAACCACAUCCCCUAAGACAAGACCACAGAAUGGCUCAAUGAUCCUCUACAACAGGAAGAAAGUGAAGUACAGGAAGGAUGGGUAUUGCUGGAAAAAGAGGAAAGACGGGAAGACGACCAGAGAGGACCACAUGAAGCUGAAGGUCCAGGGAGUGGAGUGCUUGUACGGCUGCUAUGUCCAUUCCUCCAUCAUCCCCACCUUCCACCGGAGGUGCUACUGGCUCCUUCAGGUAGGUGGCUGGGAGAUUCUUCUUCCGUCUCUGGUGCUGGGGAAUGUCUGUGGGAGCUGCGCGGGCGUGGGGCUCCUGUGUGCAGUGGCUUGGGGCCGAGGCGCCCCGGCGAGCUUUCCUCGGGGUGUCGGUGUGUGGCUGGCCUGGUGCGUCGUCAGGUGCCAGGAAGGGGAGAAGCCUGGUGGGGGGGCCGGUCUUUCCUGCCCCAGGAGAAUAAAACCCCACCAGGGGCUUCCGGGGUGCCUCAGUUUCCUCUUGAUGAGGACAGAAGUAAGGCUGAGCAUCCUGCUCCUGACUGCAAAUUGCCUGUGGGCUGAGAGCUGUACAGUCAUUUUCUCUUGCGGGUUAGUCGGUCGUUGGCACCUGUGGAAAAUCGGCUCUCGGAGGCACGCCAGUGACAGUCGGAUUGAUUGGAAUGGUUGUUGGGCGAGGAGGAGCCCGCGGCUCUGCAGGAAGGAGCCUGGCAGUCAGUUUAUGAUGUCUGCCCUGCCGUGGGACGGAGAAGGGGGUGGAGGAGCCCCCAGGCCCCAUCAGGGUGGCCUGGCUGCCAGCUCUGUGUCCGGGGUGCUUGUGUGCAGUUGGCUGGGUCAGGCCGGGCUCAGCGCCGUGGCCGCCCAGCCUCUCCCCGGCUGGUGGUCAUCGGUGGUCAUCCUGCCGAGGAGAGGGUGCUCCCGUGUGAGUGGGAAGGUCCGAGGGAUCCAUCUGCCGGGCUGGACAGGGGUCCUCUGAUCUGCAGCCGCUCUCUGUGGGCCCCAGCCCCCGUGGGCCAGGCACCGCUGCCCCGAUUUCUUCCUACUGCCUCUCCCCAGGUGUUGUGGCUUCUAACCUUUCCCGUUGUGGUUCCACUUUCUGCACCCAUCGAGGUUCAAGUUAGCCAACCCCUGGGCCCCAGGGGCUGGAGGAUCUCCCUGGUUCAGCGGUGCGGUUGGGAGGGGUCUGGCAGAUUGGAAAACAAGCUCCCAAUGCCACGGCGUGCAUUCAGGGAGCAGAGGGCUGCACGUGCCAGAGGGCAGAGGGGCCGCUGGUCCCCAGGAAGGUGGCCUGGAAGGCAUCGCGGCCCAGAGCCAUCUCGGUGUGGACAUGGAGGUUCAGCCCAGCCCCUGCCUCCAAGCCCUUGCCCUUCUCCCUUAGUUCCAGAAAUAAUUGUCUGUGGUUCAGCAAGUUCAUUAGCGGAUGAUGCCUGAGACUGUCCAAGGAUGUGCUGAUUUGCAAAGACACGGCUUCCCUGACAUCUUGCCCUCUUGUCAGUUUCCGGGGUUUGUCUCCCCAGGAGGCUGGCCUAGAAGGACCGGUUUCCUAAUUGCUCGGCCUCGCGUUGUUGUGAAAGGGGCCUCCUGUAUUGUCACGGGAUGAUGCUUUUUGUCUUAAUGCGAAAGGUUUUCUCUUCUACCUGGCUGCAGGGGUGGAGUGUGGGGCUCCCACCUUGAGAGCAGGGAUCGGAUGCAGCGGGAGCCUGUCCUUUUGUCCCCGGGGUCAUACUCUGGCUGCUGAGAAAUCUUUUCACCCUGAGCAGCCUGCAGCCCGGUCAACUCCUUCCUGGGCCUCCAAAGGCCCCAGGGCCCGUUUUGGCUUUUUUCCUUUACUGUUUCAUGCCCUAUCAAAACACGUCUUGGGCACACUCUCCUGAUUCCCGGCCUGAUCACUGCCCUCUGUUGCAGCAGUGCUCUGGCCGGCUUCCUGCCAGCCAGCUUCCCCUGCAGCCCAGCUCUCUGCUCCUCAGGGGUGCUCCCUCCUCCAGGCCUGCUCUCCCGCACCCACACCUCCUCUUGUCUCCUCACAUCCCAUCAUGGGCUGGUGGCUUUUUAAUUCCACUAAAUUUACUUUCCUAGAAUCAGACACUAGUGGGCAGCCAUGGGGUGUGAGCUCAUUACCCCUCCAAGCUGGAAUCCACUCACUCAGAUUUCGCUCCUCCUGCCUUGUUUCUGGGGCCGGGAGAGAACUGGGGGUCAGGGAGUGCUGAGGGGGUUGACAGCUGUCCCAGCCCUCCCCUCCCCCGUGCUUUGGUCCUGGCCACUAUGUGCUAGAGACAUACCUGGGGUGAUUCAUGGCCGGCUGGGUUUGUGACUUCCAGCUGGCUGGGGACCCCUUCUCCCCAAAGGCCAGUAUCACAGGAACUGGUUUCUUAAGGGUAGAUCUGGGCCCCCUUAUUUUCUCUUUCCAGCCCCAGGGAGUUGUCACUCCAGAGCGUCGCCCUGUUUCCGUGAGCAGGUGACAGGAGGGGACGUACACAGGGGUGGAGGGGUCCUGCUCCCCAGUACGUGCUGGGCAGUAGCAGGUUGAGGAGCGAAGGCCAAAGCAAUUAGCAGGGCACCCGUCCCCCACGAGCCCAUGAGCCACUGCGGCAGCCAGUGCCGCUCAGGGCAAUUUGUUCCAGUGCUAAUUACAACACCAGGAUAAUGAUGAUGUGGCCAGGUUUAAUUUCUCUGAUAUUAAAUAGGAAAGAAGCCACGAGACACUGGCCCAGAUGGAAAUUGGCCCAAGUUUGUCUCUGACACCAAUUACCAGGAAAAGGGACUGGGGGGAGUGAAGAUGUCAGGGCAGGGGCUGCGGUAGGAGCCAAGGAAGCAGGCCACCCGCAACGCCCCCGGCUCCUGGGAAGCCAGCCUGGUCCCCUAAAGCCGCCAGCUGCUGGCCACGCCCCCUCACAGCAAGCAGGGUGUGAGGGGC